GGUGGGGCGGUGGUGACGGAGCGAGGAGGCCGGCUCCGCUUGAGAGGCAGCCGCAUCCGGAGGGGGAAGGCAGGGCCCGGCCGCGGCGGCAGGGAACCAGGGCGGUAGCCGCGAGGGGAGAGCGGGCGAGGAGGAGCCGGGGUUGGGCCGCGCCGCCAGUCUGUCCCCGCGGGCGGCCGGGAUGGAUCACCACCAGCCCGCCAGCCGCUACCAAGUGCUUCACAAUGAAGAUGAUCCUCCAGAGUCAACUGUUGAAGAGCCAUCCACUUCGACAGAGACUGCACAAAAUUCUCAACCAGCAGCUUUAUCUGAAGCAGAUGUUUCUCCUCCACCUUAUUGUAGUAUUGCUGUAGAAGCAGCUGCAACCUCAGAAACACCUAAUGAAUUUUACCCUGUACCACCUCCAUAUAGUGUAGCUACCUCUCUUCCUACUUAUGAUGAAGCAGAGAAAGCCAAAGCUGCAGCAAUGGCAGCUGCUGCAGCAGAAGCUGCCCAAAGAGAAGAAGAAUAUCCACCUCGGGAUGACUUCAGCGAUGCAGAUCAACUUAGAGUUGGCAAUGAUGGCAUCUUCAUGUUGGCAUUUUUCAUGGCAUUUAUUUUCAACUGGAUUGGAUUUUGUUUAUCCUUCUGUAUAACUAACACCAUAGCAGGAAGGUAUGGUGCAAUCUGUGGAUUUGGCCUAUCGCUGAUCAAAUGGAUUCUCAUUGUACGGUUCUCAGACUACUUUACUGGAUAUUUCAAUGGACAGUACUGGCUUUGGUGGAUAUUUCUUGUACUGGGUCUCCUCCUGUUCUUCCGAGGAUUUGUCAAUUACCUUAAAGUCCGAAACAUGUCUGAAAGCAUGGCAGCUGCUCAUAGAACAAGAUUUUUCUUCUUGUAUUAGAGAUUGGCCUCAGGAUCAGUAUGAAGUAACCAGCAACACAGUAUUGGAAGUCUGGGGGGAAAAAAACGGAGACACUUAGUCUAGAAAUGAUGGGUCUCUUAUUUAAGAUGGUGACAUCCACUUAGACACCUACUCAUUUAAAAUAUGGAAAAUAAUUAUGCUAUGCUAUGCUUUACAGAUCUUGAUCAAGAAAUAAAUCUAAAUGAGCGAAAUUGCAAUGUACUGUGUGUUUACUUUGUGCCAUUUUGUCAAAACUAUGCAGUAAGGUAAACUUUUAGGCUGAUUUUCAAAUGCCAUAUAUUACUAAGUUAGUGGUCUCCACACUGCAGUAUUUUAUUCUUUUCAUAGCAAUAACAUCUUUCAUUUUCUGAGCAGUACAGUGGCCUUUACAUAGUAAGGAAAAAUAUAGUAAACACUGCAUGAAAACAUCUAGUAUCUAUUUUGCUAAAUUAAUUUAUGGUGAUGAAUAAAAUAUAUGUGCAGGCAUAGAACUUUUAAAACUCAGGGGUACUAAAAAUUAACUGCAUACAUUGUAUCUGAACACAGUGGCUUUAAGGAAAAACUGAGAGAAUCUGUGAUGGUUUGGUCGGUGAGUCUUUCAUCUGAGAUGGAAAUCUGGUAUAGGAUCAAAGAUUCAGGAUUUAUGCAGAACCCACUGAAGUCAACUCAUUGACUUCAGUGGGUGCUGGGUUGGUCCCCAGACUUCUGAUCUCGUCACAGUGAGGGCUGUGGGGAAAAAAAGCUCUCCAGCUCUUGAAGAGACUUAAUAUUUGUUCAAAGGUUUUAAGUAUUAAAUUGAAAUAAUACAGUCAAAGCAAAUGCCCACAAGCAUAAAUGAAUGAAUUUUAUUCAUUUAAUACAAGGAAUAAUUGCACUGGACAGAAAGUUACUUACUUGUCAAUGUUAGCAGCUCUAAAAUAUCAUGACACAUACAAAUCGUUCAAGAGAAAAACUAUAGAAUAUUUUUGAAAGUUAAGGGUUGUUUUUUUAAUCCUGUCACUUUCUCCUGUUAUCCUGAUUUGGGGAGUAGCUGCUUUUUUUUUUCUUUUCCCUUCCUCCCCUCCUCCCCGCUGUAAAUCUUAACUCAAUUAUCAGUGUUGCUUACAGGUAAUCAGUCUGAAGAACUGAAGUAUGAUUCUUUCUUUAUCUCCAGACUGCAUCAACCAGACAUUCCUUUCCUUUACCAAUGUGAAAUUUCCAGAUGAUCGGUAACCCUCCAAGUUAAUAGGAUAGAAGACUACUAAAAACAGAAGACAAAUUUGUGAAGAAAAGAUACAGCUUCUAAAACGAAUGACAGGGUGGUUUUUGCUUAAGUGCCAGUUCUGUUCAUUCUAGUAAAUAUUUAUAUUAAGUAUUGCCUUUUUGUUUUUGCACAUUUGCAUAUGUGCUAACUAAAGGAUAGGAUUGAACUGAGAACAAACCAUACAUACAGUCUGAUGAUGGAGAUUAAGUACAGUCAGAUUGGUUAAUCUGUGCUUGUUGUUUGUGAAAGAUUUAAGUGGUGGUUUGUCUCAGCAUGUAUGUACCACUGUCUUGUUGAUCUGAAGUUAAAUUGAGAGUAAAAAUGGGAUAUACUAAAUGAUUCAGAUUAACCAGGUCAGACUUAUAGUUAGUUUUUUUAUGUAAUUUAGAUUCAUCGAAUGAUUGCGCAACAUACAACAUUUCUGUUAUAAAGUUUACUAAAACCUGCAGCUCCUGAUUAUUAUAAACCUGUAUUGAUCAGCUUUUAUCAAACUCUGACCAAAAUAUGUAUUGAUUUAAAAAUGAAAUACCCCUUCUAGCUAGCUCCUGUGUAAAUAACUAUGCAUAGAUUACUGUUUAGAUUGCUUCUUAGGAACUAUGUCAAAAUAUAUUUGUAACCACAGUAUUUUCUCAUUCACUGUAAAUUAUGUUUAAUCUUCAUAUGGACAAUAUAUAUACACACACUAUUUUUUGGCUAAUUUGGAUGUUAAAGUAUAAUUUUAUUUUAGAUAUAAUUCUAAAAGAGGGCAAAAGCUUUUAAAUGUCCAUUGGAACAAUUUAGUUUCCUCGCAUUAUGAUUUGAAUAACUAAUUUGGGCUUGAUCCUGGAAACCCAUACGCAUAUGGAAAGUCCCAUUAAAAGGGAUGGCGCUACUCUCACAAGCAAGCACUGGCCCAUUGGGCCCUGAUUCUGCAAUUGGAUCCAUGUAGUUGGGCCUGGGCUUCUACAUAGGUGCAAUUGCAGAUCAGUUCCUUGGUUUGUAACACUGAUCAUCUUAAUUAAGAAGGUUUGUGUUAUAUAAACACAAUCUGUUUUAUUUAAAUUUCUCAAAAGGGCUUUUAUAGCUGUCUUACCAUGCUUGUUUAGAAUAAAUACUCCAGUGUUACAUAAGAAUGAAGCUGAUGAGUACAUUUUUAUUGUCACUUUGGAAAUAACAUUUUUUUCUUCAUGGGUGUUUUAUUUUUUUAAGCCUCUACUAGCAAAAAUAGGAAAUGGGUUCUUGAUCGUAUUUACUUAAAAGUAGCAGUAUUACGCUUUAAAAUAUAUCAUCUCUAGAAGGUGCAUUCUCCUGUUCAUAAACAUACGUAACUCCCACGAAUAUCUGAGACUUACGAUUCUGACACAAUGGGAGAAUAGACCUCUUAAUUCUUUACUACAACUGGAAUCUCAGUUGCAACCAGUAAUCGAUAUAUUUUGCAUCUUUGAAACACAUUUAUUUUCUUUCUGUUUUUUAUUGGAGUUUUGCUUUAAUACUAACAUUAAAAGAAUGAGACUUGUUGUCUUAAGUUAGUGCUAUAUUCAAUUUUGUAUCUAUACUGAAUGUUUUAAAAAAAUGCAUAUGUAAACUGGUCACAUUGUUCAUUAUUCUUAAUCUUUUAAAACUACCAGAAAGGUAAAUGAUCAUAGACUAACACUUCAGGGGAAAACUCCUUUUUCCAGCCUUUCUUGAAAAAAUAAAAUAAAAUUCAUUAUGUUUAAUAGUUGAUUUGCAUUUCCCUUUGAAAUUCAUCUGUUUUUUUUUCAUUCAUUGUCCUUAUGAGAGAGAAAAUAAAACAUUACUUUUUGUUUUGCUAA